UUUGUCAUUAGUCAAGCUGCAGGACAAGUCGGGUCAAAAUCGUUGCCCUUCCGCCUGCACCUUCCCAUAUCCGCGGGGUCUCCUUAAACAUUGUCUUCCAUCAUUGUUCUCGCCGUCCUCUCCUUCAUUCUCUUUGUACGUAUCUAUAUACUACCAUUCAGCCCGCUGCCUUGCAAGCCCCGAAUUUGCCAAAAUGGGAUUCUCCAAGGAAGACGCAUCCAGACGGAUAUUGAGGGCUCUCAAGACUCUGUUCUUCCUGAUCACUAUGCUCGCCUCUCUUCUCCUUUUCUCAGCUCCCCUCCUCCUGGUUAUUGCCGACGCUCUUCUCCCUUCUGCUCUCUUCUCUGCCAUUUCCCCUUCCUCUCCCUCCCUCCAGACUCUCUCUUCCCAUUUCCAUCACUACGACUUUCGAUGCUCUCUCCUCGAUAUCCCCCUCCUCUCCAUUAUCAGGUCUUUCGUCAUCUUCUGUGUGUAUAGCUCGUGUGAUGGGCCGAGACUCUCACGAGGACCAUAUCUGGGGGUAACGACGGCUUGCUCUGUUUUGUCGGUGAUAUUUGUAUCGGUGAAAGCUGCUGUUUAUUUGUUUGGCGGGUCGGGUGGAAGAACCGUGAGAGCCUCGGAAAUAGCUCUGUUCAUGUGUUCCUAUGCGCUGGCGGCGGGCCAUAUCGUGGUUGCCCAUCGAACAAGUUGCAGAGAAAGACGGAAGCUUUUGGUCUACAAGAUUGACAUCGAAGCGAUUUCAGCCUGCCAGAACGGGCAUCCGAGGUAUCCCAAGAUCCUGCGGGAGGAACGAGUCAAAUGAAGCAGCUAACAGCCAGAUGAAAUAUAUACAUACAUUUAACAUAGGAGUUUCCAGUCUAGCAUCUUCGGCUAUUCACACUCAACUGACCAGAACCUCGAGGUAUUUUCUGGUUAACCGAAGGAUGGCAGGAACCUUGACCUUAGAACGGCAAGGACUAACAAUGGGGGAGACUAGAGCUGACAGAGCAGCCGCAUAC